GGGUCAAUUUGGCGGAAGUAGGUUUGGGAGGCUCGGCCUGUCAUUUUUGAGGGAAUUUCGGGGAUUAUUUUACUUUCUCUCCCGCCAACCCCACUCUGCAGAGAGUGGGGGAGGGAAUAAAAAAAAUCCUCCCGCUCUGGGUGUCCGGUCGGACGUUUUCCGGUUCGGCUGGUUUCAGUAUUCCCCCCCAUGAGGGUUUUUCUUUUGUUUAAAGUUUUAUUUUUAACUCGGGUGAGCAGAGCUGUGGGGUUUAACAUAUGAGCGUUUCACUUGUGGCCGUACGUCUGGAGCUGGCGAACCACUCGCACCAUCCGGAGGGUUUCGAGUAUUGCGCUGUCAAUAUGGCAGAUGAUGAAAGUAAAGAGAAGAAAUCGCUUAGUUCAGCAAAGCUCUUGCUGGAGGGUAAAACAACUGGAGAAAAAUCUACUAUCUUGCAUCAACACAUUGGUCGUAGAGAGAUGAGAGACAUGGUAAUUGAAACUAUAACCUCCAACAAAGACAAAGAUACUGUGGAUUGUGUACUGAAAUCAGAGCAAAAGACCAUUUGUAGCACCAACCCUCUGGAAAAAGCAAGUACUGCUGAUCCAAAUGAAAAUAAUAAAGUGCACAAAGAUCAAAGUGGGAAUGCACCAGACUCUCCAUCUAAACAACUGCCUGACCAAAUUUCUUUCUUUAGUGGGAAUUCAUCAGUUGAAGUAGUACAUGGAAUCAUGCAUCUCUACAAAACUGACAAGAUGACGUCCUUAAAAGAAGAUGUGAGACGCAGUGCCAUGUUGUGUAUCCUUACUGUCCCCGCCACCAUGACUAGCCACGACCUUAUGAGAUUUGUUGCACCAUUUGAUGAUUCAAUUGAGCACAUGAAAAUAAUAAGGGAUUCAACUCCAAACCAAUAUAUGGUUCUCGUCAAAUUCUGUUCACAGGCUGAAGCAGAUAGCUUUUAUACUGCCUGCAAUGGUCGACAAUUUAAUUCAAUUGAAGAUGACGUUUGCCAGCUGGUAUAUGUGGAAAGGGCUGAGGUCAUCAAAUCUGAGGAUGGAGCCAGUCUUCCUGUAAUGGGUGUAACCGAGUUGCCACCAUGCAUUGUAUGCCUUGAAAGAAUGGACGAGUCUGUAAAUGGUGUUCUAACAAUUCUCUGUAAUCAUAGCUUUCAUAGUCAUUGCUUGCAACACUGGGAGGAUACAACAUGCCCGGUUUGCAGGUACUGUCAGACCCCGGAGCCAGUUGAAGAAAACAAAUGUUUUGAGUGUGGAGUCCAGGAGAACCUGUGGAUUUGUUUGAUAUGUGGACACAUAGGAUGUGGCCGAUAUGUCAGUCGUCAUGCAUAUAAACACUUUGAGGAAACCCAACACACAUAUGCCAUGCAGCUGACCAAUCACAGAGUUUGGGACUACGCAGGAGAUAACUACGUUCAUCGUUUGGUGGCCAGUAAAACGGAUGGAAAGAUUGUCCAGUAUGAGUGCGAGGGUGACACUUGUCAAGAUGAAAAGAUUGAUGCCCUUCAAUUAGAGUAUUCAUACCUCCUGACUAGUCAGCUAGAAUCUCAACGCAUCUACUGGGAAAACAAAAUAGUACACUUGGAAAAGGAUGCAGCAGAAGAGAUCAAUAAUAUGAAAAUAAAAUUCAAGGAAACCAUUGAAAAGUGUGACAGUCUGGAGCAGAAGUUAAGUGAAUUAAUGAAAGACAAACAAGCUCUCGAGAGAAAGUGUUCUCAGUUGAAUAACAGAGUUUUGAAAUUAGGCACUGAACUGAAAGAAGAACAAGAAAUGAACAAAUGCUUGCGAGCUAAUCAGAUCCAGCUACAAACCAAACUGAAAGAAGAGGAAAAGAAACUGAAGGAUACAUGUGAUGAGAAAGACAGGCAGAUUACAGAGGUGCAGGAGCAGCUGCGGGAUGUCAUGUUCUACCUGGAGACUCAGCAGAAAAUCAAUCAAAUGCCAGCCGAUACUCGACAGGAGAUUCAAGAGGGACAGAUAAACAUUGCGGUGGCAUCUGCUGCAUCGUCACCUGGAGCCAUAACCAAACAGACCUCCAGGAGAGGAAGAGGAAAACGGAGCAAAUAGUUGAGUUUUCUCAUUUUUGAAAGAGGAAGAAAAAAAACAAAAACAAAACCUCCUUGGAGGUGUGUGUGUGUGUAUAUUUGCUUAUUUUCAAUGCUACUACUAUACUUCUGUUAUCUAUGAUUCUAUAUUCAAGAAUUGCCAGUUUUUUUGGCAGUUAGGCUAUACUCUGCAUUGUGCAGAAAAAUUAUUUAAUACAACAUUAUUGAUUUAUAUUUGCUGGUAUUAUAGCUUAAGUAUAUGAGCUAUGCAAUUGAAAAGAUUUUGCAAAACAUGUCAAAUGUGCAGAACAUCUCAAACUACCUGAGCACAAUGAUAAAUCCAACAUAAUUUAUGGCUGAUGGACAUUAGCAUUAAAGUUAUUAUCUUAAUGUUUUUCAGUUUUCUUCGCAUUCACAAGAUACUCAUAGACGUACAAAACCAGCAUUUAGAUACUAUUUUGAUUAUAGGCAGUAUGAUUUAAGUGGAAAUAACAACAUAGUUGGCAAUGCAAUCAUUCAAAUCUGCUGAGAAUGCAUACCUGAAACAUUGUGGGAUGCUGCAUGAAUCUAAAAGUCAAUUUAAAUCUUGUUUUGCACCUUUUAUUGCUGACCAGGUGACAAUUUUGGUGAGAACAUUGUAUUCAUCUGGAAUUUCAGCAUAACAGUCACCAAAUUAAACUUGUGCUAAUCUCUCACAGUUGUUAGAGACCUACCUGAAGUAAAUUUGUUCAUAAAGGAGGAAAAAAAGUCCACAAUUCAAUAUUAAUUGCAAAUUUCAUUUGUAAGCUGGGUAAUGUGGCUAUUGGAACAGUUAGUGGUAGUUAAUGAAACAGUUAGUGGUAGUGAACCCCAUGUGAAAAGAACAAUUGUAUUAAAAUAUAAUAUUUACUGAACUGAUUUUUGCAGUUAAUUGAGAGAAUGAGGGUUCAUCAAAUUAAUUAAUUUAUAAAGCUUUUAACUUUAAAAUCUAAGUAGUAAAGUAUUCUUGAAAGAAAGUUGACAAACCAUAUCUGAAUGUGCACUGAGUAUGACAGCUAAGGUUUGUUAUAUUCAAAACCACAUUUUUCCCCACUGAUAUGUCUAGCAAAUUAACUUGACAAAAAUAGUGAUUCACAUGUAAAGUAAAAGUAUGGUAAACAGCAUAGAAUAUUCCAGAAUUCAAGAUGAGUUAUGCUUCACCAUGAAUCACAUACUCAAAAAUUAAACUGAGUAUCCCACUCAUGUUUCCAGAUGUUACUUAACUUGUGUCAAGGGCCAUUGCAACUUUAUUUCAAUCUGUAGCACUCAGUUCUUCCAUUCUGCAAUAAGUUAUCCUUGGUUUGUAAGAUAUUUUGUUUAUAAUGCAGAUGUUUAGUUCUUUCACGGCUAACAUCUAUUCUUUUUGUAAGGCCAGCACCAGGUGUAAUUCUGUGAUGCUGUGAACAAUCGCAUUUUGACAAAAAGAUUGAGACAUAUUAAUAUAUUAUGUAAUUUAAUUUAAAGCAAGAGGAAGCUUUUUCAAUUUACUUACUUCAUUUUUGAUCAGACCUUAAGUCAGAAGUCAUUAACAUCUCGUAGUUUGUAAAGCAAUCUAAAGAAGCAGGUUUACUUUGUUUUUUGAGUUGAUCUGAUUAAAAUGAUUAAAUAUUAUGAAUAAAGGCUGAUGUUAGACAGCUGUAGAUUGAUGUAAUGAGUAAAUUGCCAAGCAGAUACAGUAACCUUUUUUUUUCUCUGCAAGAAAUCCCUGUUAUCUAUCCUUGAGGACCACUAGUGCUCACCAUUCUUAAUUAGACUGCAUGGAAAGGCAAUUGACUAAACUUUUUUUAAAAGGUGUUCUGCAACAAAUUUCUCUAAAGGAAAAAUUCUGGUGUAAAUUAUCUACAGCGAAACCAUGUUUGUCUCUUAAUGGAGAUAUUAAUAUAAACAUUUUGUAAAUAGCAUCCGAAACUGUUUUUUGAUUGAGGGCAGUUGAAUCUUGAAGUGCAAAAUGAUGCAUUUUGGGUCAAACUCUUCAAUUUGGAUCACUGUAUCUUAAUUUUACAUUAUGUAUCUAAUUUGGUCAAUUCUACCUAAUUUCAAUAAUCUGAGUAAUAAUCCUGUCAUAAAUGUGAAUAAGGCAGUAGAACGUAACUUGUGUCUGUUCCAAAUGAAUAAGACUUUGUUGCAGCUUUUGUUGUGAGACACUAUUAAAAGGUUGUUUUAAAUAGAAUAAAAAUUGUUCCACAGUAAA